GCAAAACACGCGACGCGUCUCACUCGGCACUGCACUGUCUGCACUUUGGGAUAUGCAUGUUGGAGGAGUGAUUGGCAGAUGGAGAUGCAGCAAUGUCCGACGACGAAUUCGACUUCUCCGACCAUGACCUCGACAACUUGCCAGCGAAUACCAUUGAGCAGUUCGAGGCUGCUGCCAUUCAAGCCACACAGCAGCAGCAGCAGCAGCAGACGAGGCAUGCAGCGCUAGAGUCUGACUAUGGCCUGGACGACGGCGACGAGGUGAUAAACCUUGACGACGAAGAUGGCUUUGCCCCGGGCCAGCAAGGCCGAGGACAUGCGCCUUAUGAUACUUAUGACACUUACGAUGCCUACGAGGAGGGCACCACGAUAGACGAGGGCAGCCGCUAUGAGAAUGUGCACGUGGUCCAGCAGCCGCGACAGUCGCAAGCCGAUCCAGACCAGCUGCUCUCACGCAUCAAGAAGCUAGAGCAGGAGAAGGCUCGCGAGAAGAGAGACGCUGAAAACCUGAAGAGCAAGCUGCAGACCAAGUCUGGCGAAGCAGACACCCUCCGCCGGCGCCACGAUGCCGAACUGCGCCGGCACGAGCGCCAGCUGGCCGACCAGCAGCAGUUCCACGGCGGUGAGGUUGCGAAGCUCAGGGCCGAGAUCGAGAAGCUGCGGCGCGAGAAAGAGCAGGCCAGCACGGACAGCAUGUUCCACCAGCACGAUGUGCGCGAGGCUGGCAUGGCACCGAGGACAAGGAAGCCCAUGGCUACCAGACCGAAGGCCAAUACCGCAGUGAGCCCAGCGGGUACGCCGAGGAAAGAGCCGCGGCGUCCCUUGGGCGAUGGCUUCGAUGAUGACGAUGUGGUCAUGGCAUCUCCUUCGAGGACUCGCGAGAGGCAGAAGGCUGCAACACCGAGCCUGGCCGGGAAGCGAAAGAGGACUGUUGUUGAUGCAACUCCAAUUCCUCUGCAGCUGAGUGAGCCACGCACCCAGCCACGGGAGAAGGAAGCGGAGCGCGUUGAGGGAGAAGUGCAGAUUGACGCGGCACUUUUGGAGUACUUUCGAGAAGACGAUGGCCGCUUUGAUCUGUUACAUCGCCUAUUGGCUCAUACAUCAUCGAAUGGGACAGACCGGAUACUGGAGGCGCUUGCACAGCACUCGUUCCCAUCAGACACAUCAAAAAGGCUAUCGUCUAUCUUCUACGACGCCUUGGCCGCCAAAGCCUUUUCAGACGUGCACGCUCUGGCACUGGAUAUCUGCUUUGCCAUUUGCGAUCUCUGGGCCCAGUGUCUGGCCGAGAGGUACUACGCCCCGGUGAACUUGCUGCUCGAUGCACUUCAUUUUGUGUUAGCUUGCGGGCGGUGCGAGACGGCCUGCGAGAUUAAGGGCCGCUUCGUCCCACUCAUGAUUGACUCGAUCGACCUGGUGGCGAAUCCCUUGUCCAAGGCUGCUAAGGUAGGCCAUGAAGCCGUCGUUGCCUUGUACGCCUCAGGUCAUCGCGAGAUCACAGCUCAAAUUGAUGUCUUAGACUGCCUGGAACUGCUGCACCUCAUUGCAACAAGCUGCGUCAGCCUGGAUGGAACUGAAUCUGCUGAGUUAUGGGAAUCCAUACCAUCUGACUUCGCCAUCAUGCUGCUCAAUAAGGAACAACCAGUCGCACAGAUUUCUCUCAUGCUCCGCAUCAUCAGCACCUCUGCACUUUCCACUUCGAUUGGACCCAUCACAGACUCUGACUCCCAGACCGACAGUCAAGCGAGCAGAGAAGAGGCCCUCAUCGGCCGUCUUACCAACAUCUUCACCGAGACACCCACCAUUACCGCCGAUCCCUUUCCGUUGUCAUCUCUGUCCCCUCCCUCAGAUCCACCGGAGACCAUCACGGAGACCGACAUCUUAGAUCUCCGCCUCCAGGUCGUCGAUCUCCUGACUUCACUCUCGAUACCUCAACAUGGCGCGACCCGCCUAGCUCAAAAUCGGAUAUGCAUCGGUCGUCUCAUCAAAUACCUCGAUCGCCUCCUGAAUAUGUUAUACAAGUCGCCUCUCGCUCCUACUCAAGACGUCACAAUUGACUCCAUCAACGCAACGAUGAAGCUCAUCUACCACAUUGUGACCAGCAAUCCUGGAUUCGAUAUCAAGAGCAAGUUGGUCAAUACACUCGGAGGACAGCACGCAUAUUUAGUGUCAUUGACAAGGCUGGCGUUCAGUGAGGGACUGGUGUUGGAAGCUGGCAUUGAAGAGGCAGUCAUUGACAUGGCGCAUCACAUUUUGGAUGAGGGCCUUAGUCUAGAAGAGGGCGAGGCUUUUGGAUUAGUCUUCAGCACUGGAACUAGCAUACUGUAGCUCGUAGAGGGUAUAUACCCUACAAGAGGUGCACGCCAAGGCACUAAGCUUGCAGCAUC